AUGUCAGACAUAAUGCUCGCAGCGGAGUACACCCUGCGUAGAGCUCUGCAUGAGCACGCUGGUGACCUCGUGGUCACAGGCAGCCCCCACCUCCUCUGCUCCAGUCUGCCUAAGCAUUGGCGCUCCAAUAAGUCCCUACCCACUCCCUUUCGCGUGGUCAGUCUCGUCCCAGUGCCCGAUGGUACUAGGGUUGUGCUCAGUGCGGGUAAUGAGGAGCGACCCUUCGCAGAGCUCAAGAAUGCAGUCGCGGUAAUGCAAAACCAGGAGGCCCGUUUCAAUGAUCUGCGAUUUCUAGGACGCAGUGGAAGGGGCAAGUCCUUCAACGUGACAAUUACUGUGGAAACGAAUCCGCCUCAGGUGGGCACCUACUCUCACGCAAUAAAAGUCACAGUGGACGGACCACGGGUGCCACGAAACAAAUAUGGUUGGGAGAGAAGAAAAUGGCUGGUGCUGCUGAUGGAGAUGCACAUAACGCAUGACACCAUUAAACGGCACGACAUGGCUGCUGCUUCUGCUGCUGCCACUACAGUUGCGGUGACAUUUUCUUUGCGGCUAAAGCGUGACUGUUGCCGCGUCCGAAUUAAACGGGGAAAGACGGGAAAGAGGCUGGAGCAUGUGUUGGUGGGCAUCAAGUUGGUUGUCUACGCGUUUCCGCCUGUUCCACCUUCCAUCAAACCACCACUUUAUCAAGCGGUCCAGGCAAACUAA